AUUGUUUUCGUUUUUCUCGAUCUUUCCCCGAUCCUUUUGUGCGACCUAGCCUUACCCAUUAUUCACCCCUUCUAGAUACUUAUUUCUUUUUUUAGAUCGUCGCUGCGACGGGAUGUCGCAUGCUUCCCAACCAGUUCUUUCCAGGACAGACUCAAGCGCCGUGUGAUUGGUAUUCGACCAGUGAGACGCGCAUUCCUGCACACCCUGCUAAGCGCCAAACGAGACAACCGUUGAGUGUUACUUGAUCGACUUCGGACUAAUCGAUCACCUGAGGAUCGCCAGCCUUCGGUUGUGACACACUUCCGAGAGGUCUUUUGAGAGCUGACUUGUCAACCUCGGAUACUUCUUCUGUUUUGACCGAUUUACGAGGUAAUUAAGACGAAUAGCGGGGAAGAAGGACUGCAGGGGAGGAAGUGGUUCGAUUUUAAAAAAAAGAAAAUCACGACAACACUACUUGUGGCCUUCAACCAAUUCCCUUCCCCCUCCCUCCUCCACCUUACUCGACCCUAUCCAUCCCACGUCAUGUUUCUUCCCAUCAGGCUAAAUGACCGAGAUAACGACAGGGACCGAGAGAGAAAAGUUUCGUCAUCCUCUAACAUAUCCUCUAAAUCAAAAUCCAAACCUCGCUUGUCCCACGGUCGGUCCACCCGCUCUUCAACCAAGGAACACGAACGUGACGUCCCAACGGGCCGCUCCUCGACCCCUACGACCGCCAGCUCCCACAAAAAGCGUCGGUCCUCCAUGCCGGGCGUCGACAGUGCCAGCCGUCCUGUUACGGCUUCCUUCCUCGAGUCGAGGACCAGCUUGCCUUAUCCCACGUUCUCCAAAGCCCACAGUCGAGAAGCUGUGGCGCAACCGGACAUACCUACGCCAGACCCGACCGACCUAACUGAAGAAAAUAAGGAUGCGGGAAAGAGACACAGCCAGCACCGAUCUGAUAAUAAUCACGCACCACCUAGCCCACCGUUGACGAGCGUCGAUCAGCACUCACGUAAAGGAAGCACGGUUGGAGAUAAAGAAGAGAAAGAGAAGCCGAAGGAUGGGAAAACAAAAAUUCGGAUCAGAGCCGAGUCUACGAGGUCGUCAUCCAGUCUACGCUCGAAGAGGGAUGAUGAAUCUAGGACAAGCAAAUCGAUGCGACCCGACGCUACAUCCUCCAAAACGAAACGGUCUAGCUACGAGAAGGAUAGUCCCGCACGGACAGCGAGUCGCAACUCCACCAAGUCAAAAAGUGUCGAGGAAGCGACGCCGCCCAAGCGAUCCUCCACUCGUGGUACACCCGUAGUGUCUCCUCCUCGAUCCCCUGCGACCGUGCGUGACAUCGGCUCAGAAUCGGCAAACGGGUCAGAUGCGACCAUUGCAGCGCAACAGCAGUCCUGUCGAAAACCUAAGAGUCCGGAAAAGCCGCCUUCCCGGACUCAGACGCGGUCGUCUGCGUCCUAUCGACCUAGUAGUCGCACGUCGGCCGAUUUCGCGUUUGAGCAUGGCCGAUCUCCCACCUCGAACUCGAUCUACGGCGCCCCUCCCCCGCCUCCUCCGCCGCCAGAGAUGCCUAUUACCAUUCCUCGAGUUGAUUACUUACUGCAAAACGGUGGCCUGGAUCACCGAGUUCCAAAGUCUCUUUUACUCGCUGCUGGUUCUCCGGAAACGCCGUACCAACAGUUUCAACCUCAACUCGCAGCUUCGAAAAUCUUCGACCCAUUCAACCGAAUCCUUGAGGACUUUCACAAAGUGAUGAGUAAGAAUGGCUCGCUGGCAGUCGCGACAGGAUAUCGAUCGGUGGCACGUCGCCUGCUUGACCGACUGGAGGCUGUCUUCGCCCGUGACAUCUCAUCGGAAUCAUGCAACUGCCUGAUGUGUGUCCAUGAGAAUCUUGAGCCUGAAGAGCACCCAUCGGGGGUCAGCUGGGGCGAGGUGCUGGAAUUGGUAUCCGGUCGCCAAGAGCUAGCUAAUUGGCCGCCCUUCAUGCUAUCGACAUCUGUCAACGACGCGGAGCUGUCGGGUGAUGAACACAUUCCCAUGCAGAAGAUGGACAUCGACAUUCCAGAAGAAUACCGCGAACAUUUCAUGCGGCAAUCGCGUAAGACGAAAGUGACCGUUGAUAAAUGGCUUAAUGAACAAGUUAGCCAGGCUACGAGUGCACCGGACGAGGUGGAUGAUGAAACUCUCACUUUCGCCAUACUGACACACCUGGAGCCCGAAAAGCGUCCUUUGUUCCGCGCGCUUUUGGGCAUCCCGGCCAACUCCCCUACUCCUCAACCAGACGGACAGCGUCGGCCGCGACCUCCGGCGCUGACUUCCUCUUCUCUCGCUAUCCAACGCCUCUACCGACUGCCGUCCCCUCCACGGGACCCAGAGACUGCCAUCUACAUGUUGAACAACCCGGAACUCCACCAUGUACUCGCGACUCUUGCGGCCAUCAGUGAUGACGAAUGGGAUAUUCUGAUCUCGGGUCGCUUCGAUGGGUUCCUUCGUAGCGGUGCCGAAGAUUCCUUUGCGACUGCUCCAGGGUCUGCACCCCAACGAUGGAGCAGCAGCCGAUCGAACACCCCAUUCACCACAGGCGGCAUCUCUCGCGGUCCGACUCCCAACCUAAUGGAUCCUAAUGCCCGACCAGCCAGUCAGCCGUACGGCAGGGUUUCGUCGCCUGCAAACUUUGGAGGGCCGAUCGCUCUAGAUGAGGAGAUGGAGAUUGCAGCCUUAGCCGAGAUCGAACGCGAUAUCUACCUCGGAAUGGAGGCUCUAGAGGAUGCCUUUGAGGCACUUCACUGCAAAGCUGAGGUUGUCCGCCGAGCCCUUCGAGAACGCGGCGCAGGCUUGUCUGUGGCUAAUCAGCAACGGCGCGGAUCGUAUGUUGAGGCUCGUUUGGGCACCCCGGCGUCCGGGCUCGGUACGUGGGAAGAUAGCACGGAAGACGAUGGUCUGGAUGAUGACCGUUCUCUGGCCCCCGAUGACUCAGCCAGUAAUAUCAGCUCCAACCGCAGACGGCGGCCCAAGCGACGUACCGAGCGACGGACGCCAGCACCCGUGGAAGAGGAAGACGAAGAACAGGAUACGUACGAUAGCCGACGAGAUCGCGAUCCGCGAGGAUCUAAACGGAGAUAAUCUUCGGCGGAAAAGCAAGCUACGUCAUCUUCUAUUUUGCACACUCGUCGAUAAUCUCGUUAUAACCCAUUGCGUGAUCUUUUUUUUUUUCACUCUUUAUUUCUCCAGCGUUACGACUUUUGAUGAGCGAUAGUUGAGCCACGAAUGCAUGAAACGUGAUGAAAUGAAUUGAACCCAGCUCACGAGACUUUGAAUGGACCGGGACCGAUCUAUCGAACAAUGGAAUGUAAGUCACAGUACAGAGCCAUUUGGUGUAUGUAUGUACAUGGUACAGAUUGACAUGAUCUUAAUGUUACUGUAUUUUACUUUACCCUUUCACCACAAUCAUCUACCGCGGACAGCACAUAUAGCAUAGCUAUUCUUUUCCUAGGGGCUACAGAACAGGCAUACAUUUUUAGACAUACAUACAUAC